CACAACGGGCCCGCGGGGACCCCAUCUCCCCUUCCCCAAAAUCGAGAGGGGGGCUCCGUUGCCACGGCGACGGGACUAGGCCCCGCUGGCCUGCGGCCUACCCCGCUACUCCAGCGGGGGGCUUCGUUGCCGGGGCAACGGGAGUAGGCCCCACCGGAGGAGGAGGAGGACUUUUUGAGGGGGGGGACGACGACACGACGACAAGGACCCACAUCCCGUCCCGGGGCCUCGUCACCGUCCCGGGGUUGCCAAAGGGGUUGGGAAAGGGGCCCCCGAUGGCUUCCAGAUCCCCGGUGAGUCACGGGAGAGGCCGCAGCGUGAGACCCGUGGGGACGGCAACCCCCCACCCGCGGCCCCGGCCCGCCCCGGACAUGAGGCUGCCGUGGGGAAGGGGCUGACCCUGUGCUGUGUCUGCCGAGCCCCAGCCCCAGUUCUGCCAUGGCCUCGCAGCCGCAGCCCCUGCGCCCUGCCGUGCCCUGUGCCUCCCCCACGGGCACCGGCGGGGCUGGGCUGGCGGCCGGCAGCCCCGAGAAAGGCACUGCUCGCCCCAAGCCACCGGUGCGGCCCAAACCCCGGGUGCUGCCCAAGCCGGCCGUGCCUGCCAAGCCCUCCCUGCCACAGCCCCCGCCGGGGCCACGGCACCCUCGCCCAGAGCUGCCCUCCGCCGAGAAGAUGAACCGCCUGGCAGGGCCCCAGCCCUACAGUGGGGGUGGCUCGGGGGGGCCCCUCAGGCGUCCCUCCUUCACCCUCAAGUCACCUGAGACCCUCAACGGGAAGGGGCAUCCAUCCCCCGCAGUCGCAGCUGCUGAGGACCCGGGUCCGGCCCCCGUCGAGGAGGUGCCCCCCGCCCCACCGACACCCUCUCGCAAAGGCCCAGCUCCCUUCAAGGUGACGCCGGUGCCGGUGGCCACCAAACCGGAGCGAUUUCCGGGCACCACCGUGGAGGAGAUCCUGGCCAAAAUGGACAGCAGGGAGGGCCCGGGCAGCCCGGACCGAGCCCGGCUCUCACCCUUUUGCCCUGAUCCCUCCUCUCGUUUCGGCUCCAAGAUUUUCACCGCCUUCCGGAGACGUCCGAGCGGGGAGGCGGACGGAGCCCCCCCUAGCGAAGCCCGCCAGACACCCCAACCCACGGCGGGCGAGCUGGGGACGGGGGAAGGCGAACACCCGAUUGCUGAGACGAGCGGCUCCCCCCCAGCCGGCCCAAGCUGUGCCGGGGACCCCCGCGGACGCCGGAGGCCACCUACCCCCCCUGACCUCUCCUCUCUCCAGCCGGGUGCCCUCGGACCCCCUGGCUCCCCGAGGUCCCCCAUCUGCCCGGCCCCAGGAGCUCCCUUCCAGCCUUCUGCCUCGGCGCCCGGCUCUCCCGAUGCCCCCCCAGAGCUCCCAGUCCCUGGGUCCCCCACCCUGGCCCCUGGCUCCCCCGAACCCCCACCUCAGCCUCCAGCUGAGGUCUCGGCCGCCUCCAUCCAGGCCCCCGGCGCUCCCUCCUCCACAGCCGAACCCCGGCUUGGCAUCUCCCGCUCCCCUGGCUCCCCCCACACUCCUGGGGAGGGAUCCCCUGAUACUGCCAGCCCCCCUGGCACUCCCGAACUGCCUCCCAGAGUCACCUGCCCCCCCGGCUCUCCCGAGGCUGCCACUGAGUACCCAGGUCCCCCCAGCCCACCCCCAGAGCCCCCUGCCAAAGCCUCUCGUCCCCCGGGCUCCCCGGAGGGACCUGAUGACUCCCCAGUGUCCCCACAGUCCCCCGAGGGUCCCGAUUUCAGCCCCCCUCCCUCUGGCAGGGACUCAGGGCUCCGGCGCUCUUCGGAGGGGGUGCUGCAGCCCCCGAUGGCGGGGCAGGGCAUGGGGGCGCUGGGGGGCUCGCUGAGCGCCCUGCCCCGUCCCGGGGACCCGCCGUCGGAGCUGUCCCUGGGCAGCGAGUCCGGCUGGAGCCUCUCCCAGUCCUUCGAGUGGACAUUUCCCUCGCGGGGGGCACGGCGGCUGGCGUCCCCCCCCCAGUCCCCCAUCCGGGAGACGGCUGACUCGGGGCUCUCCGCAGAGGGAGAGUCGGAUGGGGAGGACCCGGCCCCGGGCCCCCCGUGCUCCCAGGGGGAUGGCGAGCCCCAAGGGGCCGGUGGCUGGGGAGCAGAGGGGGCUCCAUGUCCAGGGGGCCCUGUGCCCCAUCGGGAGGCUGAGGGCUCGUCAGAGGAGGAGGAAGAGGAGGAAGGGGAGGCAGAGCGGGAUGCCACUGUGCCCUGCUCCUCUCUCUGUGUGACAGAGCCUGGCCAGGACCUGUCUGAGCCCAAGCCCCCCACCCAGCCCAUGCCCCUUACUGAGGCUGCCCCACCAGCUCUGGGCACCGUGGACGACUGCCCUGCCAGCCCGCAGGGCCCCGGCGGGCCAGGCCAGGCCGAGGGACCCCCGAGGGACCUCCAGCCCCAUGCCGACCCGGGCUGGCUGGUGGAGCUGCUGUCCUCACCCAAGGCCCGUGGCUCCCCGCAGGACCUGCUCGGCUGGUCGCGGAAGGACCUGUGCAGUGAGUUCGGCAUUGGCAGAGCUCAGCAGGCCGGCACCUUCGACUGGACCCCUGAGGCUGUGGCCAGGGACAGAGACUGGCCUGGUGAAACGGAGCAGGACCGGGAAUUCAGGACCAAAUCAAGCUGGGACAGCAUCCACAGCACCAGGGAUGGGGACCGGCAGGAUGAGCCCUUCGGCACCACCAGGAAGGACUGGGGCAGAGAUUACAAAGGGACAGAGCUGAUGGGGGAAGCGAGACUGGGCUGCAGCGACUGGUCCAAGUCCCGUGGCGCAGAGGAAAGCUGCCUGCAGGAUCAAGACUUCGGUGCUGGCAAACCCAAAUGGGGCACGGGCUAUGGCUUGGACAGUGUGGGCAGUGGGGAGGAGAUCGGCUCCAGGAAGGCCAACUGGAGCCGCAGCUACGACAUGGGACACGGCCAGCAGCAGGAUGAGGAGCCGAGCUCCAGGCAGCCCAGCUGGGCUGGCAGGUAUGGCCCCGGGGCCCCGGAGAGCCGGGAUGGGGAGAUCACACCUGCCUGGGCCGGACAGUAUGGUACCAGCGACGCGGAGGUGGGGGACAGGGAGCUCGCCCCAGACUGGGCCAGUAAAUACAGCAGCAGGGACGCUGAGAGCAAGGACGAGGAUUUUACGCUGGGCUGGGCUGGCAGAUCCAGCACUGGGGACACUGGGACCCCAGAGAAGGAGUUCAGCAGACCAGCCUGGGACAGCAAAUACAGCACCCAGGACAUGGAGAGCCAGGACCGGGAGUUCAGCCCCAGCCGCCCAGCUUGGACUGGCGAGUACAGCACCCGAGGCAUGGAGAGCCAGGACCGGGAGUUCAGCCCCAGCAGGCCAGCUGAGGCCGGUGAAUACACCACCAGGGACAUGGAGAGCCAGGACCGGGAGUUCAGCCCCAGCAGGCCGGCUGAGGCCGGUGAAUACACCACCAGGGACAUGGAGAGCCAGGACAGGGAGUUCAGCCCCAGCAGGCCGGCCUGGGACAGCAAAUACAGCACCAGGGACACGGAGAGCCAGGACAGGGAGUUCAGCCCCAGCAGACCGGCCUGGGAUAGCGAGUACCGCAGCAGGGAUGCAGAGAGCCAGGACAGGGAGUUCAGCCACAGCAAAAUGGCCUGGGAUAGAGAGUACUGCAGCAGGGACAUGGAGAGCCAGGACCGGGAGUUCAGCCCCAGCAGACCGGCCGAAGCCAGUGAGUGCAGCACCAGCGACAUGGAGACCCAGGAUGGGGAGUUCCAGCUCAGGAGAUCAGCAUGGGAUGAUGGAUACAGCAGCAGAGAGAUGGAGACUGAGGACAGGGAGUUCAAGCCUAGCAGACCAACUUGGGAUGAUGAGCACAGCAACAGGGAUGCGGAGAGCCAGGACAGGGAGUUCAAGCCCAGCAGAUCAACCUGGGAUGAUGAGCAGAGCAGCAGGGAUGUGGAGAGCCAGGACAGGGAGUUCAGCCCCAGCAGACCAGCCGUAGCCAGCGAGCGCAGCACCGGGGACGUGGAGACCCAGGACAGCGGGUUCAAACCCAGCAGAGCAGCCUGGGAUGGUGAGCAGAGCACCAGGGACGUGGAGACCCGAGAUGAGGAGUUCAGCCCCAGCAGACAGGCCUGGGCCAGCGAGUGCAGCAGCAGAGAGAUGGAGACCCAGGACAGCGGGUUCAAACUCAGCCGACCGGCCUGGGAUGACAGAUACAGCACCAGGGACGCGGAGAGCCAGGACCGGGAGUUCAGCCCCAGCAGACCGGCCUGGGCCAGCGAGUUCAGCUCUUCGAAUGCCGAAAAGGAAGAAAGAGAGUUUAGUCCUGGCCGGCUGAGCUGGGCUGGGGAGUGUGGCAUUGGCCAAAAGGAGCUGGUCGACACGUUCAGUGUCAGGAAAGAUGACUUGCCUGGCUCCGGUGCCCCCGAUCCCCCUGCCCAGGAGCCCAGCUGGGGCAGCACCGGCCGGCAGGAGCGCGGUGCCACCGAUAGCAGGGACUGGGCCAAAGAGCUUGGGGGAGCUGAGCGCCACAACCAGUUCGGCAUCAUUGGGACAGAGUGGGUGAUGGAUCCCUCUAGUGCCAGAGCAAUAUCAGAUGGCUCCACAUCCUGGGCUGGCGGAAUGAGGUCCGAGGGCCUGCGGGAGCCCCUGGGAGACUGGCAGAGGGAUCUCUCCUUCGGCACCCCAGAUGCCGCCAGCUGUGUGGGCACUGGUGACGCCAGCGGGGUUGGACUAGGCCAGAUGGCCUGGGGUCAGGGCCUGGGCCACCUGCCUGCCCCGGGCAGCUCUGCCCAGCCCCAGGAGGCUGGGCUGGAAGGGCCAGGCUGGAACUGGGAGCUGGAGGCAGCCGGCUGGAGCGUGGAGCUGUGCGAUGCCGAGGCCAAGCGCCGGGAAUGGGCCAGUGCGUUUGGUGCCCGCUGCGCGGCCCGGAGCCGGGACUUCGGCGCUGGGGAGCAGAGCCCAGGAGAUGACGCCGGCUCAGCGGAUGGCAGAAGCAUCCGUCUCUCGGACCCCAGCCCGCCCAUGGGCGACACUCAGGCUGACCCCCCAGCUGCGGCAUCCCCCCGGCAUGAGCUGCCCAGCCCCACUGAGGAGGAGAGGGGCCUCCCCAAGCCGGCCACUGCCCCGCGGAGCCCCAGGGCCUCCCCUCUGCUGCCGGAGGCUGCCGGUGGCACCCUGCUGGACAUGGGGAGUGAAGAGUCCCCCUUGGACCACCCGGAUGGGAAGAGACCCCCGAGCUGGGAGGAGAAGCGGCUCUCCCUGGGCGCCCCUCAGCCCGAGGGACCCUCGGACCACGCCGGGCAGGAAUUUGCCUUCCUGGAGGACACGGAGGUCCUGGACAGCAGCGUGUACCGCAGCAAGGCCAACCUGGGACGCAAGCGCCGGCACCGGGCACCGGCCCUCCGCCCCGGGGCCACCUCGGAGGGGGACAGCUGGAUCUUCCGGGACUCCACAGAGCCCCGUCCAGCCCUGGCAGCAUCCUCUGACGACGAGGCAGCGGAGGAACCCAAGAGCCGGCGGGUGCGAGCGUCCCUGUCGAGCAAGGGGGUGAAGGUGCCGCUCUUCCCCGGCCUCAGCACCUCUGCCCUCAAGGCCAAGCUGAGGGGACGAAACCGCUCGGCUGAGGAGGGGUCACCGGCAGGGGACAGCAAGGCCACCCCUGCCAAGGACCCCCACGUGCAGCGCUCCAAGUCCUGCAAGAUCCCCGGCUUGAGUGGGAAACCCCUGGCGCUGCCCCCCAAGCCGGAGAAGUCCUCGGGGUCCGAGGCCUCCCCCCCGCACUGGCUGCAAGCGCUGAAGCUGAAAAAGAAGAAACCUUGAGCAGGGCUCGCUGUCCUGACGGCGCGUCCCCGAGGCUGACGGACGCUGUCCCCAGGGCCAGGCCGCCCCCUCCCCAUGGCGGGACACACACACACAUCUAUGCACUUUGUAUGAUGCUCGCAGGGUCCCCAUCCCCCUCCCCACACCUCCUCCCCCCUCCUCGGCCCACGGGCCUCCCCCGGUGUCCCCCUUCCCCUCGGUCCCCGCCUCGCCGGGGCUGGGGAGGGGGGGCCAGUGCAUCCCCCUUUCCCCUCGCCCCCUGCUCUUGUAUCACCCUCAGACAAAGAGCAACAGGUCAGGAUUUUGGUGCCACUCUG